GGGCCUGCUGUGGCGCAUGCUUCCCAGCCCUGAGAGUACCAGCUGCAGUGAACUUUCGCCGAAGCUGAGCUGAGCUCAUGGAGUGCCUCAACUCGACGCUGUCAUCUCUCCAAGCUCGCAGGAGCCUCCAUGGCCAAGACGCCGUCGGCCUUGUAGCUCGCACACCUAUCCUUCCAGAUCUCGCGAGGAAUACAGCCAUACGCGCACCAUACAGCAAAGUCUGAACCGCCAAUGGCGACCGCCUGACACUCGGAUCCAGAGUUCCAGGACUCACCCACCCCGCGGCGGCGCUCGCGCGUCUACACAGCGCCAUUCAUCAUGGCCGGCCUCGACACGGCGCGGCACACCAAGUACUGGCAGCGAUGCUACUCCUCCUUCCUGCCUUCCGCCUAUACCGCCAACGACUCCACGCGCCUGACCUUUGCCUUCUUCAUCGUCUCGGCCCUUGAUUUGCUGCGCCCGUCCGCGGACGCGGCCACGGCGCCCCCGCCGAGCGCCGCGCAACGGGCCGCCGUGCGCGCCUGGGUCCUCGCCCUGCAGCACCCGGACGGCGGCUUCUGCGGGAGUCCGACGCACGCGCUGCGCGACCGCCCGGCGCGCGGCGCGGCGAACCUGGCCGCCACGUUCUUUGCGCUGCUGCUGCUGGCGCUGGCGGCUGGAGGUGGUGAUGGCGACGGUGAUCUGGCAGAGGCAGGGGCCGAGGCGCAGGCGCGCGCGGCGUUCGCGGGCGUCGAGCGGAGAAAGCUGCUGCGCUGGCUGAGGCGGCUGCAGCGCCGCGAUGGGAGCUUCGGGCAGGUGCUGUGGGAGGGCGAGGCAGUGGGCGGUAGGGAUAUGCGGCACAGUUACUUGGCGAGCUGCAUACGGUGGAUGCUGCGUGGGGAGGGCGAUGGCGCGGAGGAGGACAUUGAUGUUGAGGGCAUGGUGGCGCACAUUCGACGAUGUCAGACCUUUGACGGAGGCCUAGCCGAGGCGUCGGAGCAUGAAUCCCAUGCUGGUUACGCCUACUGCGGCAUUGCGGCACUCUACAUGCUCGACCGUCCAUGGUCAUCCUCUUCCGCAGCCCCCAAAGAGGCGGCUAUGAAGGCCGGGAUCGGGUGCCGCGACAGGCUGGUGCGCUUCCUUGCCCACCGGCAGUUCGAGUACCUCGCGAAGCAGGAGGAGGAGGGUGACGAUGCCAGCGACGAUGAGAACUUUAUCGAGUCCACGCUCGGCGAACUAAAUCUGGACGAUGGGUGUGCCUGCGUGGGCUUCAACGGGCGGUGGAACAAGAAGGCGGACACGUGCUAUACGUGGUGGGUAGGCGGCACGCUGGCGAUGCUCGACAGCCUGGACGUGGUCAACGCGGCCCCCUCGCAGCGGUACCUGGUCGAUGUCACGCAGCAUCGCAUCGGCGGCUUCGGCAAGGCCGUCGGCUCGCCGCCCGACAUCUACCACUCGUAUCUAGGGCUGGCGGCGCUGGCGCUGCUGGGCGAGUCGGGCCUCAAGGAGUUUGACAUGGGGCUGUGCUGCAGCAGGGACACGGCGCGCAAGGUCGAGCUAGCCCGCGCUGGGUUGCUGGAGAGGGAGGAGAAGAAGGUGUUUGACGAGGAUGGAUUCUGGGAGGCGGCCGGGGCUCCUUCGCGGUAGCGGCAGCACUCUUAUAUGGACUGGAUACCGGAGGUACAGUAUUGUAUAGUAUGCUAUACGUCCAAUAGGAAGGACUGGAUGCCUGAG